UUUAAUACCCAGCAGUCACUCUGGGGUUGUAGGGGAAAGAGAAGGAAUAUUAUUGUUUUCUUGGCAAAAAGGAAAAUUAGUAUUGGAAUUGUAUGGCUUGUGAGCAAACACCUUUUGCUUUACCUUCUCUCCCCAGUCAAGAAAACCAAUAAUACAUAGGAAAAAUAACUGGCAUGGAGAACAGAUGGGUCUGACCUGAAUCAUUUUUCACAGGAAAAAGGAGAGAAGAAAGCAGGACUAGACAGAAAGGAAACAGGAAGUAAAAUGAGGCAAUAAAGGAGGAGCAAACUCUGAUCAAAGAAAGGAAAGAGAAGAUAUGAAAGUAAAAAGGUUGUAAAAAAUAAGAUUUGAAAGAGGCAAGUGGCGGUUCAUUUAAGUGGAGAGUCUCUCUUCUUCAUAGUCCUUAGGUCCAGGAGCCUGAGAUGGCUCAGGAUUUUGAAAGAAGACAGCAAGUAGACACUACAUGAUUCAGAAGACAUAGAAACUCAACACCAUGGACAACCAUCUUCUGUUUGUGAGUUUCUCUACUCUGGUGUGUCUUUCCCAGCUUCCUUGGGUGACUUGUGAAGAGAACUGUGUGGCUCCUGAGCACUGUUUGACCACUGACUGGGUCCAUCUCUGGUAUAUCUGGCUGCUAGUAGUGAUUGGUGCCCUAUUCCUUCUGUGCGGCUUAACCUCAAUCUGCCUCCGCUGUUGCCUCAGACGGCAGCAGACAGGAGAGGAGGUGGGUCCACCACCGUAUGAAGUGACAGUCAUUGCCUUUGACCAUGACAGCACCCUUCAGAGCACCAUCACUUCUCUUCAAUCAGUCUUUGGACCAGCAGCCCGUCGGAUCUUGGCAGUAGCUCACUCUCACAACCCCAUGCAGAUACCUUCCUUGUCUUCCACCCUGGAGAUGCCUCCAGGCUAUGAGGAAGCUCUUCAUAUGAGUCGAUUCACAGUGUCUAGGUGUGGACAGAAAGCUCCUGAUCUGGCUCCAGUGCCUGAAGAGAAGCAACUUCCCCAUAGGGAGAAGGACCUUCCCCAACAACAUGCAGAGGAUGCUCCUACUUGACAGUCUUCUGGGGUCAAGGUCGUAGUCUGUGUAUAUGUAACUCUAGUUCUUGAAUCUCCCCUAAUAUGCUUACUUCUUUUCUCUUGUCUUCCAGAGGCUACAAUUUGUUCAAAACAAAGGCAUUAAUGAAAUAACGUGAUAAUAAAAAUCAAAAUAGAACAUUCCUUCCCAUAAAUCUAAAGUACCCUCUCCCACAAACACACAUCCCAUCAGAGGUGGGAAACAGGCACAAGAGGAGCACACACAUAGAGAAUGUGUUUCCAAGACUCACAUGUGAUGGGGCAAACCACCUCCAAAGCAGCAGGAUCAUGUAUGGUUUCUGCUGAUAUCUUUAUAUUGCUUUUGGUGGUCUUAUUCCCUGAUUGGUGUAGAAUUUCCACUGGCUUAAUUGUUCUGCUAGUUCCUAAUAUUUUUAUAAUAAUUGAUAGGGAUGUAGUGUUGUCUGGGCACUGUUUUUCUGAUUUCCAGUGAUCUAUUGUUGACUUCUGGGCACAAUAGUCUCUACAGGACAUUGCUCCCUGCUACCAUUUUCUGGGAUUUAGUUCUUUGGAGUCAUUUGCUGGCCAUCUCAGCUCUCACUUAUUAAGGUAGAGCAACUUGAAUCUCUUCCCACUAAGGGCAUAUGGAUACAAUUUUAGUCACAGACACCAUAGCCUAUUAGCAAAAAGCAGAGUGCCCCAUGACUCAUUAAGUCAUCUUUUUCAUCCCUAUAUCUGCAGGGAGAUUGCUGGCCUGUGUUUCAGACAACCAUACUACUUAGGGUUAGCUGUUUAUCAUAUCUUAUCUGGAUUAGCAUGAAAAUGAAUUUGAAGGGGGUUUCUAGGGGGCUCAGUGGAUAGAGAGCCAGGUCUAGAGACUGGUCAGACACCUCCUAGCUUAGUAUUACACCUACUUGGCAUCAAUUCUAAGCCAAAGUUAAAGGAGGAAGGAAGGAAGGAAGGAAGGAAGGAAGGAAGGAAGGAAGGAAGGAA